AUGACCACCAUUGUCGACUUUCUCAAUAGUGGGCAUGAUAGCACGCCUCAUUAUGAAGUUGAAUGCAACCACUCCUCUACGAGCAUGAAACUUGACCUGGAGGGCAUCACGUUUCAACCAACACCUGCAUUCUAUCAAAAGCAUGUGGCAGCUUUCCGCUUCAAGCCCUACCCACAAUACAACCGCCCGCAAAUAACUCUGGUUCAAAAAUACGUGGAUCCAGUCUUCGAUAUAUUUCAUACCUACCUCAGAAGCGCAGACGACUCUGCACAGUUCACCUACGAGUGUGAAACUCUCCAAGAUUGGGAUUGUGUUCGUAUCAACAAAGUGGAUGGCGAUGAGAAGAAACUGCACACGGUUAUACAUUUUUUGUCUCUUGGGAACAUCUGCUGGGGUGGAAUUCUGCCACCUCGCAAAGCUGUUCACCGCUCCGUGACGAGCGAUUUUCUUGAGCACUUCUUAGACACCUUCUUCUCCGAACACGAACAACAACCUAGAUAUUUUCUGAUCACUGAUGGGCACGGUAUCAUGGUGCUCACCACAAUGGAGCACUGGAAGAAUAUUAUGCGAGCAGCGCAAGUCUGGCUGUUUCCUGCCUCCAACGGCCCCAACUCCCUCCGGCACACACUAUGCCUCCUACUCUGCCAGAUGCCACGUUCCACGAACUAUCCGACCAUAUUCGACCCAAGUCCAUGGCGUAAAUUUUUUCAUGGAGCUCUGAACGUGCAAAGAGAAGCAGAACAGCCUAUCUCCCCCCCUGUCAAGCCCUUGCGAUUCAAAGAUUUUGAUCGUUACACUCUACAACGCAGCCUUCCAGAUAUGGAACUGUUCUUGGACUGGACAGCGAAAGAGGCUGCACGCCUCUCAGAGCGACCUGUCAUACCUGGGAUGUCAUUCACAGUUGACACUAACGCUUUCCAGCGGGAGGAAAAAGGUUGGCGUUGCCGCUUUCCAAAUCAGCCUAUGCCGGCGCAGACGAAGGACUUCGUUGGACGCCGUCCUCGUCCUCGAUCUACUACCAUCGACCAGCUUCUCGCCUCUCAACACGCUCUGGAAUUUGAGGUGACAGAGGUUAUUCGUCACAAACCAAACACCUUUUCACAGGUGUUUUUUGGAGUACUCCGCAGCUCCGACGGGAAUGUGUCUCCCAAGAUAUGCCUUAAAUUGUUUGUUGACGCCAUGUUCCCUGUUGAUGAGGAUGGUCUUUUGAAUGAGUUCGUCACGACGCAACCGCCUUUCCGCCUUGGCUCCUUGCAUUAUCCGGAAGAUCUAGUCAGGCGUGAAGAGGCGGCCUACGAGCGUCUGCAGAAACAUCAAGGAACUUUAAUACCUUAUUGUUACGGUUUCCACCGGUUUGCAAUGCAAGAUUCACUUAACGCAUAUGGUGUUCUACUCGAAGCCAUUCCUGGAUCAUCAUUGACUCAAGUAGACCCGCUGAAAUGGGAGCUCGACGUCCAACAAUCGUUUAUGUGCCACCUUCGAGAAUGCCAACGUGCUCUUCUGUAUGCUGGGGUGGACCAGCGCGAUUACCAUGGCGGCCAGAUUCUACUGCCCAAUGGCCAUCAAUACCGACCAGAGACCGAUUCCAUCGUCCUUAUCGACUUCGCUUUUGCGGUGCAAAGGUUUGGUGAUGAACAGCUUCCCAACAUUGCGGCCACUUUGAUGGGACAAGGAAUUGGCGUCCUGAUGUCCUUGCUUAAGCAUAUUUGUCACCCAGACGCAACGAUGAAAACGGCAUUUCGCGAGUUCGCUCAUCGAUCCAUGCAUAUUCAAGAAUGGUAG